GAUUUUGCCAAGACAACCAGACUCCCUUGUUUUCUUGUUCAAGUCUAUGGGCCGGAAUUGAAUAUAUCAACAGCCAUACUUGGCAACAAGAUUAUCAUUGAUCCAUAUCAUUUCACUCUUUCCUUAGCCUGCUCAUUUGAUCAGUUGAAGGACUUUGCUCAUAUCUUCAAUGCCCUCGGUAAUGCUAUUAAGAACCUGCAGAAAUACUACAAUGGCCCACCAGAAGAAAUUCACCCAAGCCAGCGAGAAUUCCCAUAUCCAAAUUAUUUCACGAUGUUGUACAGUGACAUACAAGGCCAAAAAAUCUAUUUCAAAUACCUCCAUGACUUGGAGUUUCAUCCAUUAGUUUUUAUUGUUGAGAUGCUUGAAUGUCUACAGGGUCUGCCACAAAGACUGUUGGUCAAAUUCACUAAACAAUACCCCAAAGAUAUCCACCAAGCAUGUGCAGAUGCUGAUAUUGCACCCACACUCUAUGGUUUUGAAAAACUACCAGGCGGAUGGUUCAUGGUGGUCAUGGCUCAUAUGACUGGGUUUUAUGCUCUGUCAGAUAGUAAUAGCUCUAUUACUGCACAUAUUAGUGAUGAACUGUGGAAUGUGUUGAGGAAGUUACAUAACCUUGGGUAUGUGCAUGGUGAUCUACGAAAAGAGAACAUCUUGGUCUACAAAGAGGAUGCAAAUGCAAAGGCAAAUGUUGUUUUUAUUGAUUGGGACUGGGCUGGUGUAGCCGGGGAAGUUUGUUAUCCUAUAUCAAUCAACCCUGAAAUCUAUCGGCAUUCUACUGCUAAAGCUCUACAACCCAUCCUUAUGGAGCAUGAUGAAUUUAUGCUCAAAAAUAUUUGUCUUCCUCAUAAUGUUGUGGAUGAAAGCUUAAACCAGUAA